AUGAACGGCCACUAUGCCAACGGGGACGCGACUUCUAACAAGGAGCCGAGUUAUGAACGAGUACAGUUGAUCAACGAUGAGAAGCAGUUCAUGCCUGAACUGACGCCUCAAAUGGGACGCUGGGGGCUGCAAAAUGCGGGAUUCGACUAUAACAUUGUUGCAGUAUUUGGUUCCCAGUCAACCGGUAAAAGUACAUUGUUAAAUCGCCUGUUUGGCACCAAUUUUGACGUCAUGGACGAGACGAGACGACAGCAAACAACUAAAGGGAUAUGGAUGUGUAGAGCCAAGGGAAUGAACACUAUGGUAAUGGACGUCGAGGGUACGGACGGUCGCGAGAGAGGUGAAGACCAGGAUUUCGAGCGCAAAUCGGCUUUGUUCUCUCUUGCAUCAUCAGAAGUUCUUAUCGUUAACCUGUGGGAGCACCAAGUCGGUCUGUAUCAGGGUGCGAAUAUGGGCCUUCUGAAAACUGUCUUCGAAGUCAACCUGGGUCUAUUUGGGAAGAAGACUGCGGAUGGCCGUAGUCAACGCACCUUGCUGUUGUUUGUAAUCCGAGAUCACAUCGGUACCACACCGCUAGAGAACCUGAAGACAACCUUAACUGCGGACAUGCAGAAGAUUUGGGAGACGCUCUCAAAACCAUCCGAACUACAGGAUCGCCAGCUCUCAGACUACUUUGAUCUUUCGUUCGCUGCUCUACCACACAAAGUACUUGCAGCAGAUAAGUUUGAGUCCGAAGUACUAGAACUCAGGAAGCGGUUUGCAGACAAGUCACGAGAGGAUUGUGUCUUCAAGCCCGCAUACCACAAACGUAUUCCCGCAGAUGGUGCCGCGUUUUAUAUGGAAGGCAUCUGGGAACAAGUUCAAAACAAUAAAGAUUUGGAUCUUCCUACACAGCAAGAACUGCUAGCUCAAUUCCGUUGCGACGAGAUUUCUACAGCAGCACUGGCUGAAUUCAGCGAGCAGGCGAAACCGCAAAGAAGGCCAAUCGAGUCCGGGAAGGUGGUCGACGGCCUGGGAAGUAUGAUGCGCGCCUGGAGAUCUGGAGCUUUGUCCCGGUAUGACCGCGAUGCAUCGCGUUAUCAUCAGGGAGUCUACAGUCGCAAGCGUGCGGAUCUUGUAUCCGUGCUCGAUUCUACGUUGUCGCCCUUGUUCCUUGGACAGCUCAAGAACCUACAUAAGCUGUGCCUCGUCACCUUCAAGACGGAGAUGCUUGAGGGUAUGCGUGGAGAAGGAUACAAUUUUGCAGAUGUUGUUGGUGCAGCUAGAGAACGAUGUGAGAAGCGCUUCCUCGAGGGUGCGCAAGAAGCAUCAGUUGAAGGCACUGAUUGGUCCUACGACGACGAACUUGGAUUGUUGAAGGAAGAAGUCAGGGGUGUUGCAGAUCAGUGCCGGAAGGAUGAAACGAAGAAGAUGGUCAAUGUGAUUGAGCGGAAUUUCAAGAAGCAGAUAUCGGAGCCAGUUGAAAUCGCUCUCAACAAGCCUGAGUCGGACAUGUGGGACAAGGUUCUUUCUUCGUUCCGCUCUACUCUUCAGAAAGCAGAAUCCUCGUACCUUGCGAAAGCGAAGAGCUUCGACUGCACCGAGGAAGAGAAUACAACAUCGCUCGGAGCACUGCGGAAACGAGCAUGGCUUGCAUUGCGCGCGAAGAUCGACGAACAAACCUCUGACGCGGCCUUCCUGACGAAACUUCGUGUGCACUUCGAGGAGAGCUUCCGUUAUGACGAACAGGGUGUGCCCCGGGUGUGGAGGCCCGGUGAUGACAUCGACGGCGCAUUCAAGAAGGCCCGAGAUCAAACUUUGGAAUUGAUCCCACUCUACUCCAAAAUUCAGCCCAUCGAUCCUUCUUUAGCUUACACGCUCCCGUCGGAGACGUCGGACUCCCUCUCGGAAGUGGAUGACUUCGACUUCCCUGCAACCUUGAUCAUGUUCACAGAGACGAAGAUCUUGGAUUUGAUGAGCCGCUUUAGGCGUGACGCCGAUGCCUACUAUGUGGAAGCUAAGCGCAGUACUGUGUCGAGCGUCGCACAAAUACCGUACUGGAUGUAUGGUGUCCUCGUCGUUCUGGGUUGGAACGAGGCUAUGGUAGUGCUGUUCAACCCUGUAUACUUUGCCAUGCUCGUUUGUCUGCUCGGUGCUGCUUACGUUAUAAUACAAUUGGGGAUGGUUGGCCCUCUUUUCCAAGUGUUGCGAACCGUUGGAACCGAAGUUCAGCGUCAGGUCAGCGCCCGUCUGCGGGAACACUUCUCUCAGCCUGUUGCAGCACCACCAGUUCGCGCAAAACGAUUGGAAGGUGAUGAGAUAGAGCGGGAACUUCGGCACAGAAAGGCAGAGCCUCUGUAA